UCGUGAAAGAGCAAGAUAUUUGGAUCAGAAUGAGCGUUCUGACUUUUUCGAAAGAAUUUACGGACCUGGUUAAUCGCUGGCAGAGGCCUAUAUCUUUGAAAGUAAAGUAUACGUUGAAUGCAAAAUCGUAAAAAUACUGAAAUAAGUGAUAUUCUAAAUAGCUGUGUAGUUUCGAGAAAACAUUCUUUUGCCGAUGAACCGUUGACGAAUGCGCAAAUAUUAAACGAUAUACAAGAUGUGAUUCAAAUGAUGAUGGGACAAGAUCUGCGAAUAAUUAAUUAUUCUUCGUUAAAAACACCUUCAUCCGAAAUCGCUGUUUGUACUCCAACUGCACCUAUGGUUUCAAAAAUAAACCACGAGGACAGUAAUGCAAGUCUAACAAGAUUCAGUUUGCUGGACACUUUGUCGUUUUCGUUCGACUCCAAUAUUUCGACUCCUACUCCCGAGUUAUCGAUAUCGCAAAUGAGAAUCGCUAGAAGCAAGUUAAUCUCACGAUCCAGUCCAUCUAUUUACAUUAGCUCCAUAAACGGAACGGACACGUUGAAUGAGCAACCCGAAAGAGACGAAGCGAAUGGCAUCGCGAACGAAAGACCAAGCAAUACUACACCAAAAAAUAAGCCAAUAAUUCAUGAUCUAAAGAACGUCAUACACGAUAUGCUGGAACUGUGUAAACACGCGGCGAACGUUGUGAUGCAAAUUGAUAACUCAAAUAAGGAAGAGUAUCCGCAGACAAUGAAGCCUAUUCGACGUCUGUCCUCCGUCGGUGUUGGUCCUAAUUUGAGCCGUUCAACGGCACUAAUGAGACAAAUACCUCCACCAAAGUUCCGAAGAUCCACGACAGGGAUUCCUGGCACACCCACGUCUUCAAAAUUAAAAAUGACAUCGGCAACAAAUAGAAAUGGGAUUUCGAAACGCAAGAGCACCACCGGUAAUUCGUUGACAGUAAGAUCAUCGAAAGUAUCGUCCACGGAACCCUCGAGCACAACAGCGUCCACAAGUGAAAAGAAAUCACCUCUAGACAACAACACUGUCUCGAAAACUCGAAAAGCCACUCGCGUGCAAAGCACAUCAAACAUUGGAGCAGGCAAAAAGAAAACUUAACGAUUCAAGGGUACGACAAGUAAAACGAUUCGACUCUAC